UCAUUUGUAAUUUGGCUGGCGGCGUGCGCGGUUCGGUUUGGAAUUCGAGUUCGAAUUCGGUUAGCACUUUUCGAUUCGAUUUGGAGACGAGUUUCGAGAUCACUGGCCUAACAGUAAUCCACAUUCUCCUUCUCCCACUGCAUCAUCGCCGCUUUCAGAAUAGAAUAGUAUUGCAAAACGAAAACAGAAAACGCUGUAGCCGAAGCGAGCGGUAAAAAGCGUAGUGCGCGUUAGUUGGUAAUAAGGAUUCGCCGUUGUCCUUUAACCCGUAACCGUGGCGAAGGAACUGACCAGCUUGUUGACGCAGCCGCCGCCAAUUAGUACCGAGAUGACGCAACAGCCGCAAUGGGGCAUAAGCCUCUCGAGGUAUUUCGUGAUACCACAGCGAGUAAUCCUGGCCAUCAUGGGCUUCCUGGCCAUCCUGAAUGCCUACACGAUGCGCGUCUGUCUAUCGCAGGCCAUCACGGUACUCGUGGUCAAGAGGAACUCCACGGACGACGAUUCUGAGGCGAUCUGCGAAGCCGAUGACAUCGACGAGGGAACCAGUAUUGGUGGCGAUUUCGAAUGGUCAGAGGAGCUGCAAGGUUUGAUCCUGUCCUCUUUCUACAUCGGUUACAUUGUCACCCACAUUCCCGGCGGUCUGCUGGCCGAGAAGUUCGGUGGCAAAUGGACCCUGGGCCUUGGCAUUCUGUCCACCGCCGUGUUCACCAUGCUGACGCCUUUGGCCAUCAACAAGGGUGACUCCGACUGGCUGAUUGUGACACGAGUUCUGAUGGGUCUGGGCGAGGGAACCACCUUCCCCGCUUUGAGUGUCCUGCUAGCUGCUUGGGUACCGGCCAACGAACGUGGAAAGCUCGGUGCUCUGGUGCUGGGUGGUGGUCAAGUGGGUACUAUCAUGGGCAACCUGUUGUCUGGCGUGUUUAUAGACGCCUAUGGCUGGGAGUUUGUCUUCUACUUCUUCGGCGGUCUGGGUGUUGUCUGGUUUGCCAUCUUUGUCUUCCUCUGCUACAGCGAUCCCACGUCGCAUCCCUUCAUCAAGCCCAGCGAGCGCGAGUAUCUGGUCAAGGAGAUUGGCACCAUUAGCCGCAACGAGGACCUGCCCCCCACGCCGUGGAAGGCCAUCCUCACCAACCUGCCCAUGUUUGCUCUGGUGGCCGCCCAGAUUGGUCACGAUUGGGGCUUCUACAUCAUGGUGACGGAUCUGCCCAAGUACAUGGCCGACGUUCUGCAGUUCUCGAUCAAGGCCAACGGUCUUUACUCCUCGCUGCCCUACAUCAUGAUGUGGAUCGUGUCCGUGGGCAGUGGCUUCGUGGCCGAUUGGAUGAUCCGCCGUGGCGUGAUGAGCACCACAAACACUCGCAAGGUGAUGACUGGUCUGGCUGCCUUCGGUCCGGCCAUCUUCAUGGUGGGCGCCUCCUACGCCGGCUGCGAUCGUGUCCUCGUCGUGGUGCUCUUCACCAUCUGCAUGGGCCUGAUGGGCGCCUACUAUGCGGGCAUGAAGCUGAGUCCCCUGGACAUGAGCCCGAACUACGCCGGAACGCUCAUGGCAAUCACAAACGGAAUUGGAGCAAUCACCGGAGUGAUUACGCCGUACCUGGUGGGCGUGAUGACACCAAAUGCCUCGCUGCUGGAGUGGCGUCUUGUGUUCUGGGUGGCCUUCGGCGUGCUCUGCGUCACUGCCGUCAUCUACUGCAUCUGGGCAUCCGGAGAGGUGCAGCCGUUCAAUAACGCACCCAUCCAGCCGCGCUCCGUCGACUUUGAGGCACAGGAGCGCAAGGUGGGUGGUGAAAAGACGAGGGGUCUGGAGCAGAGCUCGUAAGGCGGAUCGCCAAAAAAAGUGCCAUACAUAUAUGUAUACAUUGUAAUCUAGUUAAAGUGCUGUCUACGCGGAUUCUGGAAUCCGUAAUCUGGGAUCCGAGUGGUUCCCAAAAGCAGUGUCAUGCUGUAUACGCAGUGGCUGUUGUUCAAAUUGCUAGUUUUAUAGUAUUCCCGAUCUGGCCGAUCCCUGGCAUCAGCGCCAACUAAUUAAUUUAAGCGAAUUUACUUACACUCCCGAACGUGCGCAGUGCUACCAUGUGUAUCCCGUUUGUUAGCUAGGAUAACCCUUAGCCUAAUCCUAAUCCUAAACUAUCCCCCUUCGCCGCGCACGCAACGUACUCUCUUAAUUAUUAUUUAGUAUUUAAAUAAACUGCGAUUUCGCAUUAAGGAUUUCGUGUACCAGAGCUCGUAUUGCCGUAUUGUAAAUCAAAUGAUGAAAUAAUUUGUACAUUUUAAAUUGUUGAUCAAUGUGUAAAAUAAAACGUGUUUUUAGCUGUUCUGUUAA